AUGACAGACGAGACCCUAAAGAAAACGAAAAUCGUGGGAAUUAUAGGGCUCGGCGACAUGGGUUCCAUGUACGCUGAGAGGUUUUCGAAAGCUGGCUGGAAAGUUGUCGGUGCUGACAGAGAAGACAAGUAUGUUGAAACCAAGGCCAAGUUUGCGGGCCAGGCUUUUGAGGUGCUCCGUUCUGGCCACCACGUUUCUAGAGUAGCUGACUACGUCAUCUACAGUGUGGAAGCUAAGAACAUCAAAUCAAUUGUUCAAGCCUAUGGUCCUUCUACCAAAGUUGGAGCAAUUGUGGGGGGCCAAACAUCGUGCAAAGCGCCUGAGAUCGAGGCAUUUGAGGAGUCAGUCCCGGCUGACGUAGACAUCAUUUCAGUUCAUUCCCUUCACGGACCCAAAGUGGACCCCACAGGCCAACCGUUGGUUCUCAUCAAGCAAAGGGCGUCCGAUGAGAACUUCAAAUUCGUUGAGAGUCUUGUAUCUUGUCUCAACUCCAAGGUGGUCCACCUUUCUGCUGCUGAACACGAUAAGAUUACUGCUGAUACUCAAGCAGUCACUCAUGCUGCUUUCUUGUCAAUGGGAUGUGCCUGGAAAGAAAUCAACCAGUACCCUUGGGAAACACCUCGAUGGGUAGGUGGAAUGGAAAAUGCCAAAAUUAAUAUUUCUCUUCGGAUCUACGCUAACAAGUGGCACGUCUACGCUGGCUUGGCCAUAACCAACCCAUCUGCUCAUGGGCAGGUUCAGCAAUAUGCUCAGUCUGCUACUGAUCUAUUCACUUUGAUGAUUCAAGGAAAGCAGAAGGAGUUGCAAGAAAGAUUAUAUGAAGCAAAGAAUUUUGUGUUCAGACACAACCCAGAUCAUAAAAGUCUUCUAUUGGAUGAUGCUAUUCUUAAGGAGUUUUCCUUGCUGAAAACCCCACCAGAGGGAAGGCUGCAGCCAAACUCCCAUUUGUCAUUGAUCGCCAUUGUCGACAGUUGGCAUCGUUUGGGCAUAGUACCAUAUGACCAUAUCAUUUGUUCGACUCCCUUGUUCCGUAUCUUCUUGGGUGUCACAGAGUACUUGUUCUGCACUCCUGGCCUUUUAGAAGGAUGCAUAGAUGUUGCUAUAAACGACCCCUCUUUCCGUCAUGACGACCUUGAAUUCACUUUUGCUGCUCGUAAGUGGGCAAACAUCAUUGCUAGAGGUGAUUACGAAUUGUACAGGGAGACUUUCGAGGAGACUCAACGGUUUUUCGAACCAAAGAUAGCACAUGCCAAUGCAAUUGGCAAUGAGAUGAUUAAGACCAUCCUACAACGAGUUAAGGAGCGUGAGCAGUAA